AUGCUUCGGAAAGUAUGGUCUUCAUUGAACCCAACCUCUCUAUCAUUCCAGAUUCUUUCUGACCUCCAUCUGGAGGUCACCCAGCAGUACUCAUCGUACGAAAUUCCCGCUUGCGCAGAGCAUCUUAUUCUCGCGGGCGAUAUCGGACGCUUAACUGACUAUGAAGAUUACCGUAACUUCCUACAGAAACUGACUGAUCGAUUCAAAUCGGUGUUUCUCGUACUUGGAAAUCAUGAGUUUUAUUACGAGACCUUUGAAACGGGGAUAGAAAGAGCAAAACGACUUGAGCAGGACCCUGCACUUAAUGGACGGCUGAUCGAAUCGGCCGAUAUUGUUCAAUCGAAAGUCAAGGAUUUCCAAAGGAUUGCAGACUGGUCGGUUGAUGACCAUAAUGCACGCCAUGAUUCUGAUUAUUCCUGGUUGAUGAAGGAGAUACGUGCAAUACAACAGGAGAAUGAAGCAGCGGGGAAGCGCAGUAGGCAACGGUCUAUCCUUGUUAUGACGCACCAUGCACCUUCACUUCAGGGGACCUCUAGUCCUAAACAUGCUCAGAGUCCUUGGAAUGUUGCCUUUGGAACUGAUAUUCUAUCAGGAAUUCCUGAUGGAGUGAAAGUCUGGGUGUUUGGACAUACCCAUUACACUACUGAUUUCAUGGAGAUGGGGGUAAGAGUCGUGAGCAAUCAACGAGGUUAUAUGCUGCCUUGGAGUGAUUCGAAAGAAGACAGCGGGUUUGAUGUGAGGAAGGUCAUACAACUAUGAUAAAGUCUCAUGCUCUGUCUUUAGCCUCCAGGCAUAUCAGCAAGGUUGUCUCAAUCAACCUAUUAUUCCCUGUUACAAGUGCCCCACUACUACCGAGAAAGCCCAACCCUCAAAUUGGUAACGGCUGAGAACAUUAUUAUGCAAAUCUGAUAUAUUUGUUAGUCGGUGGAGUGCGUUGGCCGAUGAGAAAAUGGGCUUCCACGCAAGUCAUGAUGCUUAGCCAUUAUGAGUGGAGGCCCACGUAGAACUGGUUGAGAUUGAUUGUUUGAUGUCGUUCAAUUAAGAGGCAUUUAUUGCGUUGAUAGAACCAGCAUGCCAGCCACCAUCGGAAUGGGUGUGGUAGCAUGUGUGCAAUGGCGCGUCGGGGCUUACCCCAGGCUGUGGGGUCGAAUCUAACCCCGGGUGGGGUACAUUGGAGCGAUCGGCUAUACAAACAUUCCAUCAAGUCAUCAUAAGUUGAUAUGCAUCUUAGUGAGACCAACUAAUGUACCAUGGA